AAGACUUUGGAAUGAAGCCCCUCCUUCCCAGCCGCCAGUUCGCUACGCAUGCGCACUGCUGCUUUUCUGCUGGAUGCUGCCCAGCCAUCAGGUGGUGGCGCACCAUGGAGAUAAGCCACUCUGUGAAGGAGCGCACCAUCUCUGAGAACAGCCUCGUCCUCCUGCUCCAAGGCCUCCAUGGACAUGUCACUACAGUGGAGCUGCGGGACGAGAGCAUGGCUGUGGGCCGCAUCACCAAUGUCGAUGCCUUCAUGAAUGUCCGCCUGGCCGAGGCAACGUUCACUGACCGGUGUGGCCGUUCCUCCUGGUUGGAUGACCUGUUUGUGACAGGAAGAAAUGUCCGCUACGUCCACAUCCCUGAUGAUGUAGACAUCAGGACAACCAUCGAGAAACAGCUGCAGCUCAUUCACAGAGUUCGCACUUUUGGUGGUCGAGACAAGGGCAGGAAGGAGUUCCUUAAGCAGGGGGACAAAUAAGCUUGCUGCGUACCCUGGGCUUGCCUUGUGUCCUAAAUGCAGUCUGACGCUUCUUGUACUCCUGCACUGGAAACCCAUAGCUUUGGCUUAAGAAAUUUGAAAUGACCUGUAGACAAUCCUCCAUAUUAUUUCUAGAUGCCUUUGCUGGUUGCACUUCCUGAGUUCAAGAGUUCACCAAACAUUCUAUAGAAAUGGGAAGUGGAUAUUAAGCUGCUUUGUAAAAAUGUGUUAGAAUAUAACUGUCUUCAGCUAAGAAAAGGAGGAAAUCUUUCUUUUUGUACAGUGAAUAGCCUUAAUCUCCCUUUGGCCAAGACUUUCAGGCUGUGCAGUAAGAAGACUACUCUUGUACCUGAUCCAGGGUUAAGUUGCAGAUGAGAGAAUUCAGUUCUCAUGCAGAGCUUAACUCUAGAACCUCAAUAAUGCAAUAUGAACAUAUAAAUGUAAAAUGGAAA